AUGAUUGACCCUACCACUCGCCGUGCCAAGAAAGGUGCCAUUACUUCAAUUGUGCGCACAACUUUGGGUAAUAUGCCAAAUGUCAGGUGGAAUGGAGAAUCUAAAGACACAAUGAUUCCAUUCCCCUCCCUCAAAAAAGAUGAACGCCCCGCCGCUGCUGCACCUGUUAAAACCAUCAUUGCGCCCACUCCCGUUCUUGCUUCAAACUCUGAAGGUCCAGGCCCCAUGGAUCUUGAUGGAAGAGGAUUCUCAAACCUUACAUGCCAUGUAUGCGGUGGCAAAGGACAUUUUGCGCGCAACUGCCCUUCCAAGCCCAUGUCUGGACAUGUAGCUGAUGUCGAGUGGUCUUGGGAAAAGCCCAAAGAGGAAAGUCGAAUUGAAGUUGUUUCUGAUGAGGAGGAAUCGGGAAAAGGGAAAGCCAAGGCCGAUUAA